AUGAUUGGGAGGGGAUUGGAACACCUGAAUCACAUGAUUGGGAGGGGAUUGGAACAUCUCAAUCACAUGAUUGGGAGGGGAUUGGAACACGUGAAUCACAUGAUUGGGAGGGGAUUGGAACACCUGAAUCACAUGAUUGGGAGGGGAUUGGAACAUCUGAAUCACAUGAUUGGGAGGGGAUUGGAACACCUAAAUCACAUGAUUGGGGAGGGGAUUGGAACACCUAAAUCACAUGAUUGGGAGGGGAUUGGAACACCUGAAUCACAUGAUUGGGAGGGGAUUGGAACACCUAAAUCACAUGAUUGGGAGGGGAUUGGAACACCUGAAUCACAUGAUUGGGAGGGGAUUGGAACAUCUGAAUCACAUGAUUGGGAGGGGAUUGGAACACCUGAAUCACAUGAUUGGGAGGGCGGGGCAAUACUUUGGGCAGUAUAGUGUAUCUUGUGCCUGAUUGGGUCUGGCAGCGGAGUGAUACUUCCGUCUGCAGGAUACGUUACGUAGAGUAAGGGCAGAGAGCUGAUCUCAUAGUUGGG